AUGAUGACAGUUCGUGAGGUGAAGAUCGAGCCGCACCACAAACUCAUCCUGACCCUCUUCAACGAGCUGCGCAACAACGUGGCUGGAGGCAAGAUAGAAGGACUACCGAAAGCAGUCCGCAUGGCCAAGAUGUCCUGGUGCGAGGAGCUCUCCCACCUGGCCCUACUCAACGUAAAGACCUGUGAGUCCCUGCCGGAUAAAUGCCGCAGCACCGAGAGAUUCGCCUACGCCGGCCAGAACAACGCCGUGUUCCAGUACAGUGGAGCCGAGACGGAGUACACCGAUGCGGAAAUAAUAAAGGAACAGAUCGAGAACUGGUUUGCUGAGCGCUCGAAUGCUUCUCCCGAGAUCCUCGCCAGCUUCCCGGAGGAGCUUCCCAACAAGGCGGUGACCAAGUUCACCAUCGCGGUGGCCGAGAAAAACAUCCAUGUAGGAUGUGCCACCGUGCGCUUCUCCCGGGACUUUUACAACCACUUCGUACUCACCUGCAACUUCGCCACCUCGAACAUUGUAGGUCAGCCUGUCUACACUCCGGGAGAGAAGGCCACCACCGGAUGCAAGAACCGAUAUGGAGCCGCCUACGACUACCCUAACCUGUGCUACGCCAAGGAGAUCUUCGACAACGAAAAGGUUAUUGAGAACACCCAGACAAUGUAGACCCUUUUCUUCGAUUCUUAGCAAUAUUACUGGUAUCUGAGUCCAUAAUUAAGUUGGCAAAUAAAAAGCUAAAAGAGCUUAUCAUUUAAAA